AUGCGGGCGGUCCUUGCCCUGCUCGCUCUGAUCGCCAGCCUGCUCCUCUUCCUGUGCUUGGCGCGGCUCCCGGCCGACGGCGCCGGGGGCGCAAGUGGCUGGGAGCAGGAGGGCAGAGCUGCAACGGACUACACCCCCAGAGUGAUGAGGUAUCUCCGGUCCCCCGCGGAUGUCCACCUGGCUGCUCCGUUGGCCCCCAACAGGGUACUAGAUCUGGGUUACAUACCUUCCAGGGAGGUGCAAGAAGAUGCAUGGAACUUAAUUCUUUGGUGUUUUCAUGUAGAAGAUGUCUGGCAAUUCAUUGUGCUGCUGCAAAGAGUGUUUGCUCUUCUUUCAAAUGGAUUUCCUUUUUAUAUAAACAGAGCAAUUCCUAAUCCAGCCAGAGUGCAGAAAUCUGAGCAAUCCUCCAAAUGCAAGGAUAUAUGGAGUAACAAUUGGUCAUCAUCAAUCAAGAAGAAAAGAUAUUCUGAAGAUUAUUAUUUGCAAAUAGUUGAUAAAUUACAAAACUGUACCUGGAAUAGAAGGCCACAAGAAUAUGCCAAAUUCAGGGCAGAGCUUGCUUCAUGCUGUGAUGCUGUGCAUAAUUUUAUUGCUUCUCAAAAUAAUACCCCAUUGGGAAGCAACAUGACUUAUGAAGUGGACAAUAAAAAAACCAUCCAUAUUACAGAGGACAUAUUUCAGAUGUUGCCAGAGUCUCAGCCUCUGGAUUUUCCUUUCAAGCAGUGUGCAGUUGUUGGAAAUGGAGGAAAUCUCAAGAGUUCUAAUUGUGGAGCUGAAAUUGAUAAAUCUGACUUUGUGUUUAGGUGCAACCUUCCCCCAACCAGUGGAAGUGUCAGUCAAGAUGUUGGCAAUAAGACAAACCUUGUAACUAUUAACCCAAGCAUUAUAGCUCAGAAAUAUAACAGACUGAAUGAUCAGAAGGCCACCUUCCUGGAAAACAUUGCAAGUUAUGGAGAAGCUUUCCUUUUGCUACCUGCUUUUUCCUUUAGAAGCAACACAGCAGCAUCUUUCAAAGUGCAUCACACCCUGAAAGAGUUCAGUGCGAAGCAGAAGGCCAUAUUUUUCUAUCCAAGGUAUCUCAAAAGUCUUGCUCAAUUCUGGAGAACUAAGGGUGUCAAAGCCUAUCGGCUGUCUUCUGGCUUCAUGAUCACCAGUGCAGCAGUGGAACUCUGUGAGAAUGUGAAGCUGUAUGGGUUUUGGCCUUUCUCCAAAAGCAUAGCAGGCGUCCCCAUAAGUCAUCACUACUAUGACAACCAACUUCCAAAGCCUGGUUUCCAUGCCAUGCCCAAAGAGUAUAACCAGAUUCUCCAGCUCCAUGGAAGAGGUAUCCUAAAGUUGCAGUUUGGCAAAUGUUUGACAGUGUAG